AUAACAAUGUAAUUCUAAAAACUUGUAAAAGAACAACAUAAAUCACAAAUCACAAUCACAAUGUUGAUGUGCAGCUGAUGGCACGGCCACGGAGGAGAAUUGUUACAGACGUGCAUUUGGAAGAAGGAACGAACAAACGAACCAUAAAAUAAGUGAUCGCGGCUACACGGCUUGGGAGACGCGAACUGCGAAGAGUCAUCGCAAGGAGACCAAAGAUCAAAAAUGGACCCAAUGGCACUAGUGACGCAAUAUAAUUUAUUGCAAAAUGGUCCUCCGGAAGAAUCAAAACUUGCUACUUAUAUGAAACGUCAAAAUAAUGCAUCACCUCAAUCAACAUUGUACUCAACAUUAUCAAAAAAUUAUUCUAAUUUAGAUAUAAACCAGUCAUCUGUAUCGAUGAAGAAGGCAUCUAUACCAACUGUUGAUUUCGUACCUAGAAAUCUAGUUGGUUCGUUAAAUAAUCCCGAUGGUUCCUCAAUGUAUGCUAAAGAUAAAUCUCAGCCUAUACAAGCAUAUCAGAAAAAUGUCAAUGGUACAACAUAUUUCUAUCCUCCAGACACUAAUGGUACUAAUCAACCAAAUGGUAAUAUCUUUGAUGAUCCGUCUGGAUAUUUACCAAUGCCAUCUGUUGAAUCACCUACAUCUUCAUUAUAUGCCCAAGAUGACUUAAGAAGAGAUUUGUUGCAUAGAAAUGCUUUAUCAAUGGCCUCGCCAGACUCAGAACGAUGGCCUGAUUUACCAGAAACUGUUGAAGAUUAUCAUGAUGUUUAUCCGCUAGAUAUAUAUGGACACUCUUCUAAAAUAUUGACUUAUAGUACAUCCACUUAUCGAGCAACAUAUUCAAAGACUGGAGAGAAAUGUUGUUUAAAACGAAUUCAUGGUUUUCGAUUAACAAUUACAAAAUAUGCUCCAUUAAUUGAAGCUUGGAAAAAAAUCAAUCAUGCAAAUAUUGUUCAGUUAAAGGAUGUAUUUAUAACAAAAGCUUUUAAUGAUAGUUCAUUAAUGUUUAUUUUUAAUUAUCAUCCGGAUUCUGAAUCUUUACAAACACGACAUUUCAAUUCUAAUGAAACAAUGAAUGGUUAUAACGAUCCAUUUAGUUCUGAUCCAAAUGCACCACGACCUUACAGCCAUACUAAAAAUGCAAUUUUACGACAUCAGCAUAGUAAUGGACUAUUAUCUGAAAAUACACUAUGGAACUACGCGAUUCAACUGAGUGGUGCACUCCGAGUAAUACACGGAUCUGGAUUAGCGUUACGAGGUCUUUGUCUAAAUAGGGUUUUAGUGACAGGUCAUGUAAAUACCAGAGCAAGACUACGAAUCAAUUGUGUAGCUAUAACAGAUAUUUUGUUAAAUGAUAUGGCCAGCUCAAACAUGAUUGGUCAUUUUCAACAAGAAGAUUUAACAGACUUUGGUAAGCUUUUAUUAGCACUGGCUUGUCGAUCUCUUAUAGCUGUUCAUCAAGAUAAUCUUGCUACUUCUAUUGAUUUAAUGGCACGCUCGUACAGUAGUGAUAUUCGUAAUUUAAUAAGGUAUUUACUGAGUAGUCAAAGACGGCAUAUUUCAGAGUUAAUGCCAAUGAUAGGAGCUAGGUUUUACACGCAAUUGGAUUCUGCACAGAAUCACUCUGACAAUUUGGAAAAUGAGCUAUCCAAAGAGAUGGAAAAUGGCCGUUUGUUUCGAUUGCUUGUGAAACUUGGAUCAAUUAACGAACGACCCGAGUUUAAUUUAGAUCCAGCAUGGUCAGAAACUGGUGAUCGGUAUAUGUUAAAAUUAUUUAGGGACUAUCUAUUUCAUCAAGUCACUGAAGAAGGACGCCCUUGGCUAGAUAUGUCGCACAUAGUUCAAACUUUAAACAAACUCGAUUCUGGAUCUUCAGAUACCAUUUGUUUGUAUUCGCGUGAUGAAAAGACCAUAUUAGUGGUUACUUAUCAAGAAUUAAAACAUUGUUUAGAACAGUCAUAUUGUGAAAUUGCCUCCGUGGCUGCGUCGGAUGAUCAUAUUAAGGCUGAAUAAUCUUCUUAGAAGUCCUUCAGCAGGACUUUUGGAUAAUUAGCAAUAAGUCCAAGUACUUAAUUUAUAAUAAUUAAUUAAUAUCUUAAUAACAAUUGAGAUAAAUUUAUUACAUGAUGGAUUAAUUAACUUGGUUGAUUGCUUAAAAGUGCUAAUUUUUACAUUUUUUUUUAUUUUCUUCUAAUUUUAUUUUUGAUUAUAUAAUUAUUUUUUUUACCAAAUUUCAUUCCUAAUUCAACAUUCCAAUCAUAAGUGUUGCAAAAAUUAACUUAACUUGAGUCUGUUUUUCAAUUUGCUUCCAUUUGGCUGUGUAUUUACAAAGAAUAUAUAUAUAUUUUAAACAUAGAGCAAUAAUAAAACAUUAUAUCAUAGCUAGCUUGAAGUUGAUAAUUACAAUUUUAGUAAACUUUUUGGUCUCUCAAUUGUUAUAUUUUUUGUUACAUUUAAUAUUGCGUUAGGAAUGAACAAGAUGAUAAAUAUUUAAUGAGACUUAAGUUGUCUUUCAAUAUGUGUUCUUACUUAUUUUGUUACCUAAAAUUGAUAAACAAUAAUAACAAUUAAGUUGUCUCUAUAUUCAGUCAUUACUCCAUGAUUCAAAUAAUUUUCUAUUUGAUUAAUGGUGCAUAAUCAUUGUAUAUUAUGUUAAUUAUAGAUUAUUUUUAUUUUUAAAGCU